AUGCAAUCGCACUUUUCAACGCCCGAACGAAGUUUUCUGCUGCAUCAUUUGACUAUGGGUGUCGAGAUGGAGUUGGGACCUGGGGACGUAAUCAACGGAUGGCUUCAUGGAAAAGGAAAAUUCACCUGGGCUGAGACCGGUAUUUGUUACACCGGUGAUUUUCUGCACAAUGAGCCCACAGGUCAAGGACGUAUUGACUGGCCAGAUGGGAGUUAUUAUGAAGGAGACGUUGUCCGAGGAAUUCGUCAUGGCACUGGGAGUUAUACACAUCUGUCUGGUUUGACUUAUACAGGGGAGUGGAAAAAUGGGAAGAUGCAUGGAAAAGGUCGAAUGAACUAUCGAUCGGAUGGGACGUGCUUUUACGAUGGCCAGUGGUGUAAUGGAUUACGUCACGGAUUCGGGACCUAUCAGUAUGCGGAAGGUGCGAUUUACGAGGGACAAUGGAAAGAUGGCAAACGUUCCGGUGAAGGCACAUUGCAUUGNNNUUGGCUUGACGGUAAACAGGGCACUCUGAUACUAAAAGAUGGUCGCAUUUUUGAGCGUAUGUUUCUCGAAGAUCGUUUGUGUUUCGGCCCGGGCCUGGAAAGUGCAACUUGUGAGACCACUUCAGCUCUACUGGAGCGCUUGAAUACCCGACUACCGAUUAUAAAAGGCAGUUCGAACGGUGAUGGUGAUGCAUCUAGCGCGCAACUCAGUGACACAUCAGAUAGCAAUCUGCUACCACACUAUCUUCGACCUCAUAUCCCGAUGGAGUAUUUUCAAGAGGCGGAACUUCGAGCCAUGCAAAAUUUGAUCACGGAAAAUCUGGCUGCCUUGCGAUGUAUUUAUCAAUUUUACGGACGUUUAGGCAUUGAACAUUUGCCGGAUAACACGAUCAUCAUGCGUCACAUGCAAUUCUGUCAACUGAUCAAAGAUUGCCGUUUGCACUCGCUAAUCAGUCUGGCCGAGAUUGAUCGCCUGAUUGCGAUAUCUUUCGGUAUGGAGGAAUUGGAUCAUGUGCAAAAUCCGGAGAGAUUGAUCUCCUUCGGGGCGUUUGUCAAUAUUUUGGUCAUUCUGGCCUGUCGUCUGUUCAUCAGCCCGACGACAACAGACGAGGUUUUAUACUUUAAAAGAUCUCGUAACAAACCAAACGAAGCGUUACGCCAUCUUGUGACGCAAUACCUGUUACCAAAUGUGUGCAAAACUUCAAGUCCUUUGUACGAAGAUGGAAGAAAAUCCAGAGAAGUUUUGUUAUUUAUCGAACCGGUUUACAAUGUGUAUCGCUUCCAAGCUGAACUGCAUAAACAGCCGGAUAGACCUCCGUCCACCAUCACAAUGCGCCACUUCACUGUCAUGAUGAAAAACUUCAACCUGUUGAGCGGAAAUCUCACGGUAUCCGACGUGAUUAAAGUACUGUGCACGACCAAUCCAGUUGCCGGUCCACAAGAUGAAUGUCUGAUGGACACUGAACUCACGUUUUUCGAUUUCUUUGAAACAUUGGUCCAAAUUGCUCUCAAACCUCCAUCAAUGGCGGAAUGUGCAACAUUUGCAUCUGGACAAGUGCUUACAUCUCCAAGUUCGCAAACCCGUUCAAGCGAGGCGGAUACAGAUGAGGUGAUAAAUUUAUCAAAACGGCUGUCAAUUACCACCACUAACACCACCGCCACGAUAGACAAACCGUCCAGUGAACAAACCUCCAGCGAUCAGGUGCAUACGGCAAUGCCACUGUCCACAGAACCGCAAACAGACGACGUGGAUGAAUUCACACGUUGGCAAACUGCACUGCAUCAAUUCUUGCUCACUCAAUUUCUUCCAGCCGCCCAACUAUUUGAAACAUAUCAUCGUCGUGCCACAGGAAUGGAACCCAGCCAGUUGGGACGUAUGACCACCACGCCGACGAUUUCGCGUUCAACCCUCAAAGCGAGCUGA